CUGACGAGGCCCGGCCGGCCAAAGGGGGCGCUUGGUCGCCCUUUGUUUUCUCAUCUAUGUUUCCGCGCCGGCGCCUCGAGUCCGACCGAGUGCGCGGGCGCGCGCGUUCGGCCCUGCCGGCCUCGAUUUACCAUAGCGGGAGCGGCCUAUUGUGUUUGCGGCCUCGUCGCGGCCCCAUAUGAAGCGGUUUUCGCCAGCUGCCGCCGGCGGGCCUGCAGGGUCCCAUUGGCUGGGCUUGGUUGCGCAUGUGCUGGCACGCAAUGUAGUAUGUGCAGAUCGACUGCGAUCAGGGAGCCACGACUUCUUGGAGUGAAGCGGCUGUUGCGGCGAGACCACGCGUGCCGAGGAGCCCCGCGGGUCGCAAUGAAUGGUAGCGGUGAGAAGUGAGUGUUCAGUGAUGUCUUCAUUAUUUUUUGGUGUCUUCGUUUUGUCGCCUCGCGUGGACGGCUUCCCUCUUUGUUUUUUCGGUGCGUGCAAUGUCCGCCAUUUCAAGUCUGAUCCGGCAACUUGAUUUGCACUGUUUUUGAAGUCUGACGACCCGGCCAAUCCUAUGUGCGUGGGAAGUUGAAGUGCCGCUCGUUACCAUGGGCCCGCAGCCGAAGUCGACGGUGUCCUCGAAAGGCCGGCCGGUCUCCGUGCCGCGUUUGGCAUUGACUGGCUGCGCCGGACCUGCUCUCGAAGCGAAGACGCUGCCUGUCCGCCAUGACGCAUAUCAUGUGACGCCACGGCAUGAAGCGGUUGCGGCAUUUUCCGCUCGCGCGAUGCAGGAAUUCCGCGACUCCGGGUCUGUCGUGCUUGAUGAGCGGACGAGCCGAAGCCAGAACGUGACUCCGAGGGCGGUAGGAGGUGCCACGUCGGGCGCAACUCCAAGAAACAUCAAUGGUCAAACUGCUUCUAGUUGUAGCACCACGAGAAUCACCGAUCCGUACUACGGAACUACUCCGCGAGCGGGAGCGAACGCAGCUUAUGGGAAAGCUUCUGCCAGUGUAAAAACCCUCCUCGAAGACGGCAGUCCGAGGCAAACCUACAGUGCGAAAGCUUCUGCGCGAAGCGCCCGCGGAGAGGGAGAGCACGCGGCAACGAGUACGGCAAAGGAAAAGACGACUGCAAAGGGAAUGAUCCAGCUUCGAACAGUAUUUCUAGUGGGAUCGCAUUGCAAUAAUGAAUGGCCUCAAAAUUACAUGAUUUGUCGCUCAUUCAAGAUGACUUUGACGCAGAUGCAAAAGAAAAAAAGUUUUCCCUCUGUCAAAAACUACAGCAAACGUACAAAAGUCCGUUUACCAGACGAGAAAACCGAGACGACUUCGAGUCGAGCAUCCGCGUUCUCUUCACUGAAUACGAGAAAGGCGGUGAAUUGGAUGCGACACACCUUCCCGAAAUGUUGCGGCGCUUAUUCCGAGGUAAGAUUUCUACUUUGACGUACCUUCUCUGGCUACUCAUCUUUCGCCCUGCUUAUUGUAUCCAUUUUCUGAAGUUCGUUGGGAUUGGGUUUAUUUUUCUAAGUUAAAAGAAGAGAAAUCAAAAUAAGAUGUGCAAAAAUCGCAAUAACAGCCGACCUCAACCCCGAGAUGCUAGUGGAUUUCAAGCGAGGUUUGUUUGAGCGUCUCGGCCCGACAACCGAGUUUUUGACCGACGAAGGAGUGUUCCACGCGCUAGCGCACUUCAUUCUGGACCACCAGCCGCCCGCGGUCGCAAAAGUGAUUCUUGGUGCCGCGCCAGUCGCCACCCGGGACCCGAAAAAGGUCAUGAAACGGAUUUCGCUGCACUCGCCAAAACUGGUUGCGCAUUUGCAGCGUGGGGACUCCGAUGAGCUGGGGGAAACUUGGAAAGACGUGAUGACGGCGGAACAGGCUCUCGCAGAAAUGGACCAGUGCUUCGAAAACGAGAUCGAGAAAACGCAAGCGGCAAAAGGCGAAGUUCUCGAAAAGGACGCAGCCUCAUCAAAAGAUCUUCAGCAAGAAGUCUCCUGCUCCCCCCUUCCACCAGCGCGGGCAUCGCAGGCGGUCCGCGCGCGCAUGUCAGAGCUGGUCAUCCCGCAACUCGCUUUACCCGUCUCCAGCAGCACGACCCAGUCGUCCGCUACGCCGCGCCGGCGCGCGACGACGAUGAACGUGUCCCGUCGGGAUGUGUUGAGCGCUCGCGCAACAAAGGAGUUGUCGGAGGUGACCAAGUCGGAAAUUAGUUUGCGCCGCCUGUUUCGGGAGCACUGCGCGGCGCACCAAGGGAGAGAAAACGGCACCAAAAUGCAUCCGCCGAGUACCACGUUCGACUUGAUACCGCUGUUGUUACGGGAGCUGGGGUUCCCGGACCUACUGGAGGACCGGUACGACCACUACGUGCAGACUUUCCGCGAGCAGCGCGCGGAAACGGAGGUGGCGGUGUCGGGAAGAACAAGCGCGAGGGCAGGAGUGAAAAAUACGCCACGAAGUAGUUCUACUGCGACUCAGGUUCUUGGAGGUACUACACCACGCGGGAGAGGAGUAGUACCCUGCGCGCGCGAUUUCGGCGAGCUGGAAGAGGUGGACUUUCACAUGUUCAAGGCACUUGUCAACAGCGUGGCGGCCGCGCAGCAGGAGAACGGUUCUGGCUGAAAAGGGAAUGAGAGAGGGGGAGAGCAGAAACAGAAAUGCAGUGGAAAUCAAUCUUGUUUCGUAAAUUCAAAUUCAGUAAAAAACCUAUUGAUUUACUUACCCAUAAAAAUGUAGGAUAGCGAUCAUGAUGAAAAGUAGAAGUAGAAAAGUUCGGUCGUACUUUGAUGAAUACAUUAGUGAUGUCAUGAUACCGAGUGUACGCUUAAUGUGAAUUUCAACCAUUACAUACAGCAAAGAACUACAGUUCAGUUGGCUUCAUGUACAACAAGUGAAUCAUGCUCAGAUCGUACUGGUAUACUCACAGACACUGUGCUAUUGAAGAACAA